AUGCCUGUGUGUAAGAGUUGUCACGGGACAGAAUUCGAAAGAGACCUUUCCAACGCUAAUAAUGAUUUGGUUUGUAAAGCCUGUGGUGUUGUUUCAGAAGAUAACCCUAUCGUGUCGGAAGUGACGUUUGGUGAGACGAGUGCAGGGGCUGCUGUCGUCCAAGGUUCAUUUAUCGGUGCAGGACAAAGCCAUGCCUCGUUCGGUGGUUCCAGUGCUCUCGAAUCGAGAGAAGCUACUUUAAACAAUGCGAGAAGAAAAUUGCGUGCUGUCUCUUAUGCUUUGCAUAUCCCGGAAUAUAUUACCGACGCUGCUUUCCAAUGGUAUAAGCUUGCACUGGCUAAUAAUUUUGUGCAAGGCCGGAGAUCCCAAAACGUCAUUGCGUCAUGUCUUUACGUGGCAUGCAGAAAGGAAAAGACUCAUCACAUGCUGAUUGAUUUCUCAUCGAGAUUACAAGUUAGCGUAUAUUCUAUUGGUGCAACAUUUUUGAAAAUGGUUAAAAAGCUACAUAUUACAGAAUUACCGUUAGCGGAUCCAUCUUUAUUCAUUCAACAUUUUGCCGAAAAAUUAGAUCUUGCUGACAAAAAGAUAAAAGUGGUUAAAGACGCCGUGAAAUUGGCACAGAGGAUGUCUAAAGACUGGAUGUUUGAAGGACGUAGACCUGCCGGUAUUGCGGGGGCAUGUAUUUUACUAGCAUGUAGAAUGAAUAAUCUGAGAAGAACACAUACGGAAAUUGUGGCCGUUUCACAUGUUGCCGAGGAAACAUUACAACAGCGGUUAAACGAAUUCAAAAACACAAAGGCAGCAAAACUGUCCGUCCAAGAAUUUAGGGAGAACGACGUGGAAGAUGGUGAGGCCAGACCACCUUCAUUUGUAAAGAACAGAAAUAAGGAGAAAAAGAUAAAGGAUACUCUGGAUAAAGAAGAAAUGUCUCAAACUAGUGAAGAAGCAUUGAACAAAAAUCCGAUUUUAACACAAGUGUUGGGUGAACAAGAGCUAUCUUCCAAAGAAGUUUUGUUUUACUUGAAGCAGUUUUCAGAAAGAAGGGCUCGUGUUGUAGAAAGAAUUAAGGCUACAAAUGGAAUAGAUGGCGAGAAUAUAUAUCAUGAAGAUUCUGAAGGAGAAGGUGGGAAGCGCAGAACAUCUGACGUCGAUGCUGAAGAAGAAGAAAGAGACGAGGAGAAUGAACCUGGACAUAAAAACAAAAAGACAAAGACAAUAACAAAAGGAAAAGGAAAAGAAACCGGUCAUUUUCAAGAUGCCAUUGAUGGCUACUCCCUAGAAACAGAUCCAUAUCGUCCUCGUAAUUUGCAUUUAUUACCCACAUCAGACGCAUACCUUUCUAAGGUCUGUGACGAUCCCGACAACUUGGAUGAUGUUGAUGAUGAGGAACUUAACGCUCACUUAUUGAACGAAGAAGCCUCUAAAUUAAAGGAGAGAAUAUGGGUUGGCUUGAAUGCAGAAUUCUUGCUAGAGCAAGAAAGUAAGCGAUUAAAGCAAGAAGCUGACAUUGCUACUGGUAACACUUCGGUAAAAAAGAAGCGUACGAGGCGCAAGAAUAGAAAUGACGAACCUACUAAAACUGUGGAUGCAGCUGCAGCUAUUGGGUUGAUGUCAGAUUUACAAGAUAAAUCAGGGUUGCAUGCAGCAUUGAAAGCAGCCGAGGAAAACGGUGAUUUUACAACUGCUGACAGUGUGAAGAAUAUGCUCCAAAAGGCAAGUUUCUCUAAAAAGAUUAAUUAUGAUGCUAUCGACGGUUUGUUUAGGUGA